ACGUCCUUCACCUUGCAACUGUUGCUAGGGUCACCAAAACAAUAGGUUGCUUCUUUGCAACUUUUCGUCGACACACUUGUGUCUUAUGUCUGAUUAGGCCUCUGAUCGUGUGUAACUACUUUGCCAUUUAUUAUUAUGCGCAAAGGAGAAUUCAUGUCUGUUAGAGUUCAGCAGUGACUUUAUUUAAGCGUUUAUUGAAAGCGACUUAUUACUGAUUUACUAAUCACCAGCAUGGCCUCCACAACAGCGGAAGCUUCUGUCCGUUUUCCAGAAAUACAGACACGAACCAUAUAUGCUGGAAAAUACAAAGAUUGGACCCCUCAGUAUCGUGCGGCUGGGAAGCUGACAGCAACAGGAGACACAACAGAGCUAUGUCUGAAACCACCAGAGGACAGACCAGAAAGUGCAGAUGUCAUCAGGCGUUUUCGUGCCAGUGUGCAGCCAGGUGCAGGUGCAAUGCGAGUGUUUUAUGGAAGAGCUCGGGAUCCUCAUAGACGUUGGGCAGCAGAGAUGACCCAUGGGGUCAGCACACGACCUUCUUUCACAUCCGGAGAACUUGUGAAUCCACACCCCAAAACUUUAUUCAAACAACGCCUUUCCGAUAGGAAAGAGAAUAUCUAUGCAACACACAUCCGUGCUCCACUCGGCGUAUCACAUGAUCAGAGGCCUGGACUUCCGCCAAGACUCGACUCCCGCACCUUUACAUUCGGGAUCCCAACCGAACUUGAUAUCGGUGCUGGUGGCUUGAUAAACCCCAGAAAGACGUAUGAAGAAGUAGAGAAAGAGAACGUAGUUGGUCACGAUUUGUAUAUCAAAACCCAUGCUGACUUUGAGGUUGGAGAAAGAGUACAGCGAUGUUACACGGCACCAAGCUUUGACCCGAAGAACAGAUUUGGAAUACCAACACCUCAUGCCAACGAUGGGCGUCACGUGAGGCAGACACUCAAGUGGCUCCAUGAGACAGAGUCGGAGAAGGCGUCGAAGAUCGUGUCCAAAAGAGUGGAUGACUUCCGGGAAAGGACACAGCCUCAGUUGGGGAAGGUUCAUGACCCAAUCAAGGACACCCUGAAAGUGACGCCAGACCACACGUUUGGUAUCCUGCUGAAGCCUGAUGAGUACGGUGCCGGUGACCUGAUACACAACCGGUCCCCGGGCUCCUACCUGCGUGGCAGCGACCGCCAGCAGGGGAUAGUUGCAGCCACCAGGCAUCAUCUCAAGAAGAUGAACUACCACAACUUCCACGAUCUACUUCAUGCUUUUAGAUUCUAUGAUAAGGACAAUUCAGGGCAGAUCAACAUGGUGGAGCUGCGAGAUGCCUGCUUCCAGUUCAACCUGCCUGUGGAGCCUGAGCUGCUGGAGCAACUCAUGGACACCUGUGAUGUGAACAGGGACGGCCAGAUUGACUAUGUGGAAUUCUCCAACUUCCUCAACUGGAAAGACAAGAUUGACUCAGGAUUUGGCGAGAAGACAGAGGACGCACCUGCUGUGAGUGACAGCCAGGUGGUUGACGACAAGGACCUGGUCCCCAAGUCCCCCCAGAGCCAGGACAGCACCCCCCGGAGGCUGCAGAAACAGGUGGACAAGGCUAUCGGGGGACACAGGACAAGCGCCAACAUGAUCAAUGCUGUGGUCGGAGGUUUCAGCACUCGAGAUUAUCGAACAUAUGGAGUUCCCACUAUCAGGACUGACCGCUCCGCGCCACGCAUCCGCCGUGUGGAUGACCGCACCAACUAUGGGGAUGAGUCCAAUGCCUAUGGCCUCCUCAACCCAUCCAUUUUCAGCCAGCAUGGAGUGUAUGAGAAGGACUUCCUUCUCCCCAGAAGCCAGCAGGAGGUACGGGAUGUCUUCACGCAGGUCGGCGUCCACAUGCCCGGGGAAACAUUUGAGAGUGUGUGGAGAUGUGCGGCAGACAGACACCCAAAGGGACACGUCAGUCUGGAGGCUUUCAGGAACGUCCUCGAUGAUAUACAGGCUGAAGACAUCAAAUCUGAAAAUCAUCCCAUGGCAGUCUAAAAUAACAGUUUCAAUGCAAUCUUAUUUAUCUAUUUAUUAUCUUAAAGUGAUUUAGUGUAUAACUUUUUAUAUUUUUUGGUAACAAACUUAAUGCUCAUGGACAUAAUAAGAAGUUGAAAUGCUCUGGUUGUAAACAUGCCAGUAUAUUACAAGGAAACUAUUUUAUAUUUGUUUAUCAGUAAUUAAUGUCCCAGAAGUGUUCUGAUAGAUAACACAUGAACUGAUACAGUUCCUCCUGCAUGGUAUUUAUACAUUUCUAAGUCACAAAUAUUUUAUUUCUAUACAAUAUGACAGGGGUGAUUAUCAAUGUGAUAGUUUCAGUACAACUUCUGUCAGGAAAUUUAUGUUGUAUGAAUGACAUGUAUCAAAUCAAAGAACGUCCACAGUAUUUGCAAAGAUUCAGUAUGGAACACUUCCAUGAUAAUAAUUCUACAUUUCUUGAGCUUCGAAUAGUUUUUUCUCUACAAUACAACUGUAUGCUUAUCAAUGUGGUACUUUCAGUACAACUUCAGUCAGUAAAUGAAUUACAUGCGUAAAAAAUGGCUACAGUAUUUGCAAAGAUUCAGUAUUGAACACAUCCAUGAUAAUAACUCUACAUUUCUAAGCCUCAACUAUUUUAACACUGAGUGAUACACAAUGUGGUAGUCAGCUGUAAAGAAGUUUCUCUACAAUUUCAGUCAAUAUCUCGUCAGUACAACAGACAUGUUAUACAGUAUUGCAACAGACUAUAUCAGUAUUUGCCAACAUUCAGUCACACUUUUUGUGAACAGCAUUUUCCAAUACAGCGCACCAUCAAAAUUAGAUGUUUUUGUGUCAUUUCACACAUGUAGAAUGAACAUGUAUUAAUAUAGAUUGAUUGCUUCUAAAUCAAAUAUCGUAACGCAACCAUAAUCAAAAUAUUCGCUGGUCAAACUACACUAACAUAAUGGGUAAAAAAAAUGUGGAUUUGUUUUAGUCAUGUAAUAGUUGAAGUAUAUUAUUUUGAAAUCCUCAGGUGUGAAUCUAAGAUGCAUUUUGUAAUCUCAAAUGUAUGCCAUAUAUACUGCCGGGCAAAAGAAAGUAUACACCCAUGUUUAAUGGUGGGAAAAACUGAAACAAACAAGAAUGGUUAUUGAUGGGGAUGUAUUUGAUACGGGUAUUAUAGCUGUGCAGGGUUCAUUCUCGGAAUUUUCUGACACGGGCCCUUUUUGUGAAAAUUUCAAAUAUUCCAGAGGUACACCCACACUUGCCCAUACAGCACAAUGUUAAAAUGUGACAUGGGCCCUUUUUGUGAAAAUUUCAAAUAUUCCAGAGGUACACCCACACUUGCCCAUACAACACCAUGUAAAUGUGACAUGGGCCCUUUUUGUGAAAAUUUCAAAUAUUCCAGAGGUACACCCACACUUGCCCAUACAGCACAAUGUUAAAAUGUGAGUACUUGAAAAUGUGGGCCUUUUUUCAUAUUUAGGGGCUAAAAGCACCAAGUCCCACCCUAGAAUUAUCCCUGGUUGUGUUUUGGACCUCAAGUUUGCAGUGUUUUGGCGACUGCUUUCAGCCUAGUAACAUUCUGAUUAAAUUUGUAACAUUUAGUUCAAAUCAGUUUGAAGUUUUUACUUUCUUUGGCCCGGCAGUGUAUUUGUUUACCAAAAUUUAGGUGAUAUUUCCUGAUAGAACUUAGAAUAAUGUGUUCCAUAUUAGUAUACGAUUGAUUUGUGAUGCAAAUGAUGUGAUGUGAUAUGUCAGCUGAAGCUGUCACUAGAAUUUGCCAUCAAACGAAGUACCAGUUUUAAACCCUCCAAAGUAUUAUUUUGAACAACGAAACAAUAAGAUCAGCGUUAUGACAACGGUCAAUAGUAUUACAACCCAAUAAAUAAACACGAGAAGCUGCAUCAAGCUGUGGCAAUGUAGUAAGGUUUUUCCUGUCUUAGAAACUCAUUUUUACACCCGCACUUCAAUAUUUUUAUCAGCACAAGUAUUUUUAUAUUGAUUUGUUACUAUUUAACAAUAUUUCGUAAAAUAUCAAUUGCUAUUAUGCAUAUUGUCAACCCCUGUUGUUUUGUCACAGGUUUUCCUAGUUUUACCAUGUGAAACUGUUGUCAUUGUUACGUGCCAUUUAGCAAAUGAUGAAGAUGAACGCAUCAUCAUCAACUUGAAUAGUGAGACGUGUACAUACAAUCCUUUUAAUUAAGAAAAUAUACUACUCAAAAAAAGUUAAAGAACACCUGUUUUUUGCAUAUGACUAUAGUUAAUUUGUCAUGCCAUGACAGGUUAACUAUGGUCAUAUUAAAAAAACGGAUGUUCUUUAACUUCUUUUGAGUAGUAUGUUACACCAUAUCUUGUCAUUUUCAAACUUCUGCCACAUGGCUCUUUUCCACAUACAGAUUGAGGCUUAAUUGUUAUUUAUUCUAACCAUCUGUCUGGGUUGUAGCUAAAUAGGAAAUAAAUUUUACAGAAGUUUGAAAAUAUGUGUUUCAAAUAAGCAGCAAUAGUCGACGUAAUAAGCGUCCAGGGCUCUCUCAAAUUUAGAAAUAGGGGGCUCUUAUGAGAAUAUAUUUUUGGUGAAAAAAGAACAGUUGAAAGAUCGUGAAUUUCUAGGUUUAUGUACCUUAAAUGAUACAAAAGAAAAAUCUGCGCAUAUUAUACACGAAUAUUAUCCAGAAUUCAAUUGCCCAUAAUUAAGGGUGCAUAUAACACACGAGUGCGUAUUAUACACGAAUAGAUAAGUACAUUGAUCAAUAGGAAGAGGUGCUAAUUAGGAUUGUUCACUAGCCAAUAUAUUAGAUAAUAUCACCGUGGGCGCUUAUUAGAGCGGGGAGCUUAUUACGUCGAAUACGGUAUGUAUAGACAGAAGAUCCACUGUAAUGUUCAGCCUUUAGUUUGUAAACAUUCCAAUUUGACACUACAAUUGAAUCAGUAUUAAUGUGUUUAUCUUCAGCAUAUAUUUGUUGAUCCAUAUUGGACAGCUUUAAGCUAACUUCAUGGACAAUUGUAUUAUCAAUAUUCUCCCUUAAUGGAACUGAUGAAUAACUCACGACAUUCAGUAUUGCAGCAUCCCCCUUCUCCCACCGGAUGCUAUUGUCACCAAGAAAAAGUAUUAACAAAGAUUAUAAAACAUUAACACCAAUCCUUUCUUCCACUGGAAUGAUGUAAACACAUGAUGAACCGCGAGUGAAUUGAGAACUGGUUCCAACACCUCACUAUUGAGGGUCUAUAGUAUACUCCACCAGAUUCCUAUAAUGACACUUGCUAUGUAUAUCAAUAUCAAUAUUCUUGUCAAUAUGUUGUCAGUGACAUUUGUUCUGACAUUGUAAUAUGUCAGUACCAUUCAACAACAUGCUAGUACACAUUUUACAUGUGUUUGUCAACAGUAUUUCACAAUGCAGGACUAUAUUUUUGACUGUAUGGCAUAAUAAUUUGCUUUAUUCAAAUAUUUGGUAUAUUCAAAUAUUUAACAGUUUUUCCUUUUUGAAGUUAGAUAGUCCAUGUCAUUGCUUUUUUCAAUGAAUGAAAAUUGAUGUUGUAUGAAUUAUAUGCUUCAAAUCAAAGAACGUCCACAGUAUUUGCAAAGAUUCAGUAUUGAACACUUCCAUGAUAAUAACUCUACAUUUCUGAGCUUCAAAUAGUUUUUUCUCUACAAUACAACUCUGUAUGCUUAUCAAUGUGGUUAUUUCAGUACAACUUCAGUCAGUAAAUGAAUGACAUGCAUCAAAUAGAAAUGGCUACAGUAUUUGCAAAGAUUCAAUAUUGAACACUUCCAUGAUAAUAAUUCUACAUUUCUAAGCCUCAACUAUUUUAAAACGGAGUGAUACACAAUGUGGUAGUCAGCUGUAGAGAAAUUUCUGUACAAUUUCAGUCAAUAUCUCGUCAGUACAACGGACAUGUUAUACAGUAUUGCAACAGACUAUAUCAGUAUUUGCCAACAUUCAGUCACACUUUUUGUGAACAGCAUUUUCCAAUACAGCGCACCAUCAAAAUUAGAUGUUUUUGUGUCAUUUCACACAUGUAGUAUGAACAUUUAUUAAUAUAGAUUGAAUAGUAUCUAUAGUCAUUUGAUUAUUUCACUUGUAUUUUCUAAUUAUAUUUCUUCAGUUUGUCAUGACUAAAUAUGCCGAUACCUGCAUCCAUAUUUGGUUAUUUUGAGUGAUUGUGCAUUAAAAUAUAUAUGAUUAUAUCAAAAGAAAUUAUGUGCAUUUUUCACAUAUAUUCACUGUCCCACCGAUCUAGGCCUGUACUCGCCAGACCGCCAUCUCAUAAACACUUGUCACAGCUGGUUUAAUUGUGUACAUGUUGCCAGGGUCACAGUCAAUCAAGUAUUUAAUUUCCACAACUGUGUCGACAGCCAGCAAACACCAUGUGACACAGGACUCACUCGGACAUGGUAGCUGUUAAAUUGACUUCUUACAAAGCUGAUCAUCUUGAUGACAGGUUUCCUUUUCACGGAACGACAUGGCAUGUGACAGUGGUAUGUCUAUCUAUGAAGACUCCAUUGACUAUGUUAAUUUGAGUAUAUUGGUAAUGACAUUGUUGUGCUGAUUGCUUUUAGAACAGUUUUGAGGCUAUGGUGAGAUGAGGUAUCGGUGUUCUGCUUUACCAGUGUAGCUACAUUGUUGCUUUCUGUACCCAGGGAUUCAGAAUCGAGCCAGUGGAAGAUGAAAACUGUGUUUUGAUGUUUUGUAACUGGUUUGUAUUUUUUGAAACUGUGAUACAAUGUAUAUCAACUAUGUGCCACUUAAUCGACUUGUACAAAGUAUUUGAGUGUAAAUAAACUAUAUUUAAUGUGGAA